AGAUACGAGGGAAGGGUUAUGAGAUUUUAACCAUGCAACCCAUAAGCGACAAUUUCUCGUUCUUGAGAAUCCGUGCGUCCUGUCCCCGCCUUUUCUGCGUCGCACCUCUUUCUCCUUCCUCGUCUCCGCCUCCACCCGCCGUCGCCGUCGCCGUCGCCGUCGCCGUCGCCUUGCCUUCGCCUUCGCCUUCGCCUUCGCCACCUCCUUGUUUAUUAUACCAUCCUCAAACCCUAGCCACCUCCACCCAUUAGAGCCCUCUCUUCUCCAAUGGCGUCCCAAAGCGGGGGCGGCGACUCCCCCAAACCCUCCACCUCCGCCCUAAUCAAAGACGGCGCCGUCUCCGGCGUCCUCCCCGCGUGCGAGGCCUUCGCCGUUCACUUCCCGGGCUACCCCUCCUCCCCCUCCCGCGCCGUCCAGGCCCUUGGCGGCCUCUCCGAGAUCGCCAAGGUGCGGAGCUCGGAGUCGGGCAAUUUGGAGCUCCGGUUUCGACCCGAAGAUCCCUACUGCCACCCGGCCUUCGGCGAGCUUCGGCCUUCGGCUAGCCUCCUCCUUAGGAUCAGUAAAACUAAGAAUGAUCUCUCAGCCGAGGUUAUGGCGCGGGUGAAACAUGCGUACCAUUUUGAAGGUUUGGUGGACUACCAACAUGUUCUUGGGGUACACGCUGCUGAGGCGAGGGUAAAGAAGCGGCCUUGGGAUUCAAUUGAUGCUACGAAUUCAGGAAAGAAUGGGAGUGUGGAGAUGGAUGGGGCAGACAUAAUGAUGCUGGUCCCGCCACUUUUCACUUCCAAGGACCGGCCAGAGAAAAUAGUGCUUAACCCAUCAGCCAAUUUGUUUUCGAAAAACAUACAAAGAGGAGUUGUAAUGCAUCGAUGGGAGAUGGACAUUGAUGAAUGCCUUGCUAUCCCGUUCGAUAGACAAAGUAUUCCAACGAAGAUCAACUGGGAAGAGAACAUACCAAGGGAUACAACUGAGUGGGAGUGGCAGGUGGCUGUAUGCAAACUAUUUGAGGAACAGCCAAUAUGGCCCAGAAGGUCACUUCAUGAACACUUGCUUGAUGAUGGCAUGCAGGUCUCUGAAAAUCAGUUGAAAAGGCUUCUCUUUAGAGCAGGCUACUAUUUUUCUACUGGACCGUUUGGUAGAUUUUGGAUACGAAAAGGAUAUGAUCCUCGAAAAGAUCCUGAUUCGCGGAUAUUUCAGAAGGUUGAUUUCAGGGUGCCUCCUCAGUUACGGAAUCUUGGUGAUUUGACUAUUAAUACUGAGAGUAAGCAGAGGUGGAAGGAUAUAUGUCAGUUUCAAGUAAUACCCUCGAAGAGUUUUGUUUGCUUGCAACUUUUUGAAGUUGUUGAUGAUUUCAUACAAGAAGAAAUAAGAAAACCUUCGAAGCAAAGAAAUUGCUUGCAUUCAACAGGUUGGUUCUCUAGGUCGGCAAUAAAAACCUUGAGGUUGCAUGUUGCCGUAAGGUUUUUGUCUCUGUAUCCUAUUGGUUCUGCGAAAGACUUGUUAAGGUCUGCCAAGGUACUACUUGAGAGGUCCAAGAAAGAAGCAGCUGUUAGCAAAUUUCAGAAGUUGGAAGAGGAGGAACAGCAAAUAAUCUCAGAUUCUAGUUGUUUUGCUGAGGCGUCUUCUGCAGAACCUGAGGAGCAUGAACAUGAGGAUCAAAAUGGCAUAAUUAAUGGUGAAACUGAGGAAGAGGAAGAUGAAGAGGAAGAAGAGGAAGCGGACGGAUAUGAUUCUCCUGAUAUGGCACAAAAGGAUGGCGGUUUCUCUAUUGAUGGUAACUCUUAUAAUGUUGGAGAAAGCAUCCCGAAUGAUUACCUUCAGGAGCUUCUGCGUGGCUUUCCUCUUGACAGAGAAGGCAAAAACUCUCAAUUUACGCAUCUCUUCAAUGGUGCUGAUGCGAGUGAUGAUGAAUACAAGAUAUAUGAACAAGACAGUGAUGACAGUGAGACCCUAUUGUGAUGGUCGAAACAGUUCCUCCCGAAAACACCCAAGGACGAUCGGCUAUGGAGCCUUCAGAUAUUUUGUGUCGUUGUUCAAUCUGCAAGCUCGCUGCUGUGUACAGUAUUUGAUAAUUAUUCCCCUUUUGGUGGGUCAUAUGUUGCAAGUUAGGUCUCUUGGUGCUUUUUUUUGUUUUUUUUUUUUUCCUUGCCCUUUUGUCAUUUUAUGGGGAAUAAAAUCUGCACUCCUAUAAUUUAUCAAUGCGGAAAUGUUUAAUGGGCUAAUAGUAAAUCGAUUCUUGGCACUUUGUUUUGUACAGCUUGAUAUAUCCGUGAACAUACUUAGGAAUUGCCUCCA